AUGAAGCCAGUGUGCCAUAAAAGGUGGGUGAAGAUAACGGAUUUGAAUGUGUGUAAGUACAGGAACAUGCUCCAGUCAGUUCAGAACACAGAUAUAGCCGAAGGUCCCUCCUUUCAUCCCAAAUUCCAAAUGUCUUCAUAUACCCGCAUAGACACCAGUUCCCAAUUGCCUCAAGAGCCUGCAUGGAACUUAGCUUUUCAAAUGGGCCAGAGUCCCCUUGUGACCUCAAGAACUCCAAUGCAAUCAAGUCCUUCAGUCCCUGAACAGAACCUAAAUUGGCAAGAGUCCCAAGGGUCAUCAAGAGAAUCAAAACCUAUGGCAAUGUCAGAUAAAUAUGGCGGUAAACAAACUGGCCCUGUGGUUCCAAGGAAGGGACGAAAGGAACGGACUCAGUACUCUGCAAAACAAAAGUCCAUGCUGCAAGAACAUUUUGCUGAGUGCCAGUACCCAGACCAGAAACAGUGUUUGGAGCUGGCAUCCGUGGUUGGUGUGACAGAGAAGGAGAUCAAGGUCUGGUUCAAGAACAACCGGGCUAAGUGCAAGCAGAAGAAUGUUCCAGAAGCACUGCCAGAGACAAACGGAGGCUCUGAAGCUGAUUCUGGGUCAACCAAUUUUCCUGGUUCCAUAGCUGUUGUUGGUUUUGACCAGGGAGAGCCCAUGACCACAGCCACAUUUGAUGUGGAUUCCACUCCCAUACUGAACUGCAACCAGGAGUCUUCUCUGGAUGGCAAUUCGACCUGUGAUGGUGCCAUGUGUUGUCUGCAAGAAGACGUGCUUGAUGGUAAUGCCCCUGUUACUGCUGGAGACUCUGGUGAAUCAGCACCAGUUGAAGCCCAGGCUGACCUUGCAGCAGCUGGAGCUCCAGUUGCCAUGGCAGUUGACACUCCAAACCCAGAGGAUUGUGAGGAUUUACCUCCAUUGGACGAAGGGGUCUGGCAAUGGAUGCUUGAAGACUUUCACCAAUUGGAAGACUGGUUUACCAAGAACUACAUUGAGAGUCCUAGCAGUACUUCUCACCCAUUUGACUAG